AUGAUUGCUAGCCAGCAGACGACAAUUAAAGAAUUGCAGACGACAAUGGAAAAUCUGCGCAACAGACUUGCGCAGUUGGAAGAGAACGCUACGCUGUGUAUACCAUGCGCAGAACUUUCAUUGGGCCCAUAUCCGGAAGAUACACCGGAUGUCGCCCAACUGCUGAAACACGUUGAAAAUGGACAACAAAUUUGUUGUGCAAAAACGGCUAACCAGACUUCUUUUUUCCUUAAUCUGAGAAUAGGCCAUCCGGAAAUUGCAAGUUCUAGUUCCCCGCACAGUCCAUCUGGUAACUCGUUCAGCAACGUAUCAGCGCACAUGCUGGCCGGUCCCCAGCCGACCAACCUCUCAUUGGACGGACGUAUCCGGAACUGGAGUAUCGGACCGACGGUACCAGGAACUCACUUGACCAACAUGCGGCACUCCUCCGACAACCGUUCCCUAGUCAGCCCGGAGUCUGGCCGCUACUUCCUGUACAGCCAGGUCGGCUUCCUAAUAUACUACAACCCGGAAGCGCAGCUAGACCCUCAAAGUCCUGCGCCGUCGCUAUUUCACUCCGUCCUCCGGUAUAACUUCUUAUACCCGCUAGGCGAUGAAGAGUUGUUGCGAAGUGACGUCACUCGGUGUUGGAAACAAAAGAAAGACUACGGCCGUUACACAAGCUACGUCGGCGCCACUGUCCAACUCAAUAAAGGCGACCUGGUCUAUGUUAAAAACUGGAAGUUUACGCUCCUAUGUGAUCCUAGAACUGGAAGUGUACGCUCCUAUGUGAUCCCAGAACUGGAAGUGUACGCUCCUAUGUGA